AUGCAGUCUAACCAACCAAAUUACGGCUACUCCAACUUUGAUCAGCUCCACGUGGAAAAGAAUGGCUUUGGUCAAGAGCGACAAAUUCAAUAUGGAUACCCAAGUUUCGAAAGUUCCGAUAACUACGACCAAGGCCAAAAUUUUACCCAGUCCCAGCAAGGCCAACUUGAUUUGAAUCUUCGUGGCUAUACAGAUUCAAGCAACGCAAUUGAUGACUGGUUCAACUCGAAACAACUCAACUAUACCAAUCCCCAAUAUCCAAUCACUGCCAAAUGCAAAUAUAUCAACUCUGCCAAUACGCCAGCUAUCCGCUUUUCCAACAGUCCCAUCCGUUUCCACUUCUGA